AUGAUCACACUUGGGCUUGUGAGCUUAAUGCCCGCAAUACUAUUCGCUAACAGUGGUCGCGAAAAAGAGCGAAAGCAGUUGGAAGGCCACGAAGAUUUCAGGAAACUCGCCGAGAAGCUGGAGGAGGCGUUUCAUGUGGAGGGAUUUGUUCGCGUCGACCGCCCCAGGAUCGAAAGAGCCAGCAGUUACCACAAAGGUUUCAGCACCUUCAACUUUCCAGAUCUGUUUGACCUUUUGGCCAGCAAGCUUUGUUUGAAUGACAAGGACCCAACGCUGAGCGUUGAGGAGUUCGUAAGCGCAGUGAUGGACAUCUACGUGUUCAACGUGCCCGUGUCCACUGUGGAGAUGAAGGCGCAAUUGCGCCGACUCACCCAGUGGGUCACCGACGUGGACCGAGUGGAGCAAGACCAGCUCCGGCGAUCAGAGCUCGAUAUCCAGAAACUCCAGAAAACGGUGGCAAACAUGGACAAGAAGCUCGACCGCCUCUUGUGUCAGCUGGGUGUAGAUGUAGAUGAUGUGGCAAUGUCGUUUUGA